AUGGUGGACUCAAAAUGCCAACAGCACAAGGACAUUUUGCUCUUUCAAAAUGGGCGGGCUCUUCGUUUCAGAUUUCCAGUGCCGAUUGCAGCAGACACACUUGUUAGACUUGUGCGUUACCACUGGGACGACAACCGGGAAUGCAGAAUAGAGGCCACGUUGGGGCAGACCGGUAAUCUGGUUGACGGCACUUUGAGAAGCUACAGUUUUGUUCUCUUCCCUUCACACCCGAGCGACAAUCUAGACAGAUAUGGAAGGCUUAUACAUGCACACUGGAUCGAUUCAAGUUUGUUUUGUCGUUGGAAAACUGAUUGCGACCAACACCACCAGCACUGCAAGCCUUCCAGUGUGAUAUUACCAGCCCUUGCUUCCAUCCGCCCAGCAUGGCUGGUUGACAUUGUGCGUCAAUGUCUUGUUCCGGCUCAACUGACCGAUAGUUAUGUGUGUUUAAGCUAUGUAUGGGGCGGCACCAAACAAUUCACUACGGCAAUGGACAAUCUUGGGAGGCUGCAGCAACCAAAUGCCCUCUCAUUCGUGCCUUUGGCAAAAACAAUCACCCACGCAAUGGCUGUGGUUGAGAUGGCUGGCGAAAAGUUUCUUUGGGUGGAUGCUCUCUGUAUUGUCCAGGAUGAUGACAAGCAGAAACACCAAGACGUCCAAAACAUGUCCGGAAUAUAUGCCAAUGCUACAUUCACGAUAAUCGCUCGCAGUGCAACGAAUGCAGAUAGUGGGCUGCCCGGGCUUUUUGGUAUAUCACAACAAUGUAAGGUUCAACAGCACACUUGGCGUCUCGGGCCUUCUUCGACCGUUAUAAAUAUACAGCAUAGAGACUGGAAAGAUGAUCAAAACAGGGGGGCGUGGUUUACCAGAGGGUGGACAUUUCAGGAAGAGUUGUUCUCCAGAAGACAAUUGGUUCUUCGUGAACAUGGCCCGGCCCAUUGGACCUGUAUGUCCGCCCAAUGGCGAGAGGAUAUUAGGUUGCCCGAUAUCACAAUACAGAUGCCGUCACCUAAACGAUAUCCCUAUCAGCGCAGUAUCUAUCCGGAAAUCCACAAUGUUUCCCCCAACAUCCCGAAACUAGCAGAAAUCAUCGAAAAUUACAAUAGGCGAAGUUUCACCCUACCAGAAGAUUCUUUAAGAGCAUUUUCUGGAAUCGCAACAGCACUUCUCUCCUCGUUUCAGGGCGGACUAAUUUCUGGACUCCCAGCAGACUUCUUCUAUGCUGGACUUUUAUGGUUCCCUUUCUCGAAAGACAUUGUCCUUCGCUGGCCAGGAGGGAUACCAAAAGCAUCCUGUGUUCCGAGUUGGAGCUGGGCCGCAUGGAAAGGCAGCUUGGAUCUAAAGAUUUGGAGGGUAGCGGACACCUGGAGGCCAGUUGGAACGAAUCUCAGGUCCUGGAGGGGAGAACAAUGCUUCCACGAGAGAAUUUUCCCCAUAGUCGAGUGGUCCUAUCACACCACAAGCGACGGUCCGGGAAUUGAGAUCAAGGACAGAUUUUACGCCUUGAAGGAGAAAUAUUUUGAUUCAGAUAAGACGCGAUGCCCUCCUGGGUGGACACGCCGUCCGUGGACGAGCUCCCGGGGUCCGAAUUGGGUAUAUAACUACCACGACGAGUCCCGAUCGCUGCGAUGUCUCUUCCACCCGAUUCACCUACAAGGGAAGGGCGAUUCUGAAGUUCCUGGCAUGACCAUAGCCCCUUGGAUCUCUUGCUACACCCGUUCUGCAACCCUGCUUGCAGCGGAGGAACUGAUAGAUUGGGAGCCGGAGUACCUUGCACAAUGUAUAAGUUUACGUGACUCAAUAGGCACCUGGGCAGGUUUUUUGACCCUGAAUCCAGAUCCACUUUCGCCGUCCGAGACAUCUGAUACGGUGAACUUGGAUUUGACUGGGAAAUCUUUAACGUUGGUAGAGGUGGCUAGAGGAGAAAUUUGGGAACCCACGGAGGUUCCUUUUUUCCAUUAUUUUAAAGAUGCUAACCACCCCGAGAGACCUAAAGGGGUUCCAUGGUACCAGUUUUAUUGGGUGAUGUGGGUAGAGUGGAGAGGCGACAUUGCCUAUCGGAGAGGACUGGGACGAGUGGUGAAGAGUAUAUGGGAAGCACAGGACCGGAAGAAGAUGCACUUGAUGCUGGGGUAG